AAAGGAUACAACUAGAUGAGAGUUUUCUGCAGUUGCAGAAAAGGAAACAAUUUAGUCUCCACUGAUUUGCUUUAUUUUCUGAGGAAUUGUAGAAGCAUUAAGAUGCCUUCCAAUACAACAGACUACUAUGACUAUGACUCCCAAGAUGAGGUUACAUACCUUAACAACCUCAGGAUGCUGUACAUGGUUGGAUAUCUCAUCAUCUGCAUCCUUGGCUUGCCGCUCAACUUUUUGGUCAUUGCCGCAGGCUGUUACUCGUACCAUAAUUUGAAAAAAACCAUCAAUGGCAUGUGGGUACUAGCCCUGGCCAUGACUCACCUGUUGUGCUCCGCGUUCCUCCCACUGCAGUUAGUUUACGCCUGGCACCAAUUCAACUGGCACUAUGGACCGGCUCUGUGCAAGGUCUCAUCCUAUGUGAUCUACGUCAGCAUGUUUACCACGGCAGCAGCUCUGAGCCUGUGGAGUGUCAACAGCAGUGUGACCAGCAGCAAGUGCUGUGAGGGUCUCCGCACCAGAUGCGUUAGCCACAGGAUGUCCAUGCUCUUGAUCAUGAGCUCGUGGACACUUGGGGUGGUCCUAAGUAGCCCAUCGUUACUCUCCCGGGAACUUCGGUACACCACGCUGGGGCUGCAGUGCAUCGAUGACUAUGAUACAGAGAAAGAGCAAACGACGGAUGAAGGCCAGAGAUGGCUAAUAGUGGUUGUUCUGUUUAGGUUCAUGCUGGGAAUUUUGUUUCCGGCAUUUGUCAUGUUCAUAAACUGCUGUCUGGCACGGCGACAGCAUCGUGAUAUGGAUGGGACUUCUAAGCGUGUUAUCUGUUUAAUAAAAGUGGCUUAUUUUGUUUGCUGGACGCCACUGCUUUUCCUGGGGCUGCUUCAGAUCACCAUGACAACACCCAACCUGUUCAAAUACAUGUUACCAGCAGCCACUGUUCUGGCUGUAGCUCAUUGUUGUGCCAACCCAGUCAUCUAUCUGCUGGUGGGAUGUAGCAUUAAAUUGCAGUGGCUGUCACAAGUCUCCAGUAACACUGCUUAGGAAAAAUGCCGUAGUGAAAUAAUAGCACUAGAAGAGCAGUGAGUGGAGUAUUAAAGUCAAAGUGUCGUUACUUCAACUAAAUAACAACUUAAAUAGAGGUAAAAGUGGCCUGCUGAAAAAGUUGCCCAGAGAACUGCAGCUAGCAGCGGGGAAGGAACGUUGCUUGGCUCAGUGAACUUGACUUGUUCUGUUCUGACCUAAAGUUAAAAUUUUAUAUCAUCUUUUAUAUCAUCUUUUUUUUUUUUUUACCUCCUAUCAUCUUUUUGCCCCCUUCCCAGAGAUCAGAUAUUUUAGGUUUUUUUAACUGGGACACAGGAUACAACUAGUUCAGAUGUAAUAGCCCUAGAAUAGCAGAAGAGAGUGCUGUAGUAAAUUAAAGGUAUGGUUAUUUUUAAAUAAAUAAUUAAAUAUAUAACAACUUAAGCAGAGGUAAAAGUAAUGACCAAAACCACUGUAGGAUUAAGAGUAAUUUUUGCUAUAAAAAAAAUAAAUAAAAAGAUAAUGCUUGAAAGCAGCAGGUGUGACUAACAGCAAAGCAGUUCAGUUGUUGCCAAAUUCAGAAUAUAGUGAAAUUCAGCACAAAAACCUCAUGGUAACUAAAUUAGUGACUAAAUGUGAAUGACUAAAACCUAAUUUAGUUGAAUAAAAGUUCUGAAUGUACUAAUCACCUUACUACCCAUCUCUUCUAAUCAGAAUGAAUUGUUAUAUAAAAAAAGCCUUUUAGGGCUCAUACAAAGAGUUGUUACCACAGCAUCCAUGUAAGCAGGAUAUGGUGGGGAGAGAACCAUGCUGGAAAAAGAACAGCUGAAUCUGCCAUAUAUUGUUGAUUGUAUUCAUGUUUCUCUAAACACAGUGGGGACCUUUUAGAAACUUAUCCAGAGCCUUUACUCUUCAUGUCAUUGUAGUGUGACACAUAUUUAACUCUAAGCAUCGAGAGGCGAGCGUUCCGUGACAUUAUUAUUAUAAUUAUGAUUAUUAUGAUUAUUAUUAUUAGUACUAUGGUAACUCAGUCAAGCCAGUAAGCUAGUACUCAGCAAAAAAAAAAAAAAAGUUGUUUACUAGAAGUCCUAUAUGAACAAUAUAUAAACGCUAGAAGUUUGUAACUUCUAGAAAUUAGGAAAGUAAUUAAAUUGAUUAUCCAAACUUUAUUCUAAGACCAGGAGGUAAAAAUUUGUAGAAAAUGUAUGAUUUUCUUUGUUUAGUUGAUUCAUGGUGGAUCCUAUGUAUUCCUAUGUCCUAGAGAAUUUCUUCUCCCCGUCGCAGAAACAAAGGCUGCUGAAUUUGCAUGAAACAGGCAUGCCCUGGCAUGAGGUGUUAAUCCGUGAAUUUAUGUGAGAGAAGACACAGAUUCUGACUUUUCAUUUUCUCAUUUUUUUUAGAAGUCAAUAACCUCAUUAAGAGGCUAUAAAGACUCAAAUAUAUGUUAUCUUAAUUUGUUUGCGAUAUUUUCAUUGUAAUUGAUUUUGUUAUUUCUUUUGUUUACUUUUGUUUACUGUUUUUUCAUCAGAAUUUGCCUAUCAAAGCUUAUCAAAGACAAGCAGACUUGUCUGGGUGGGUUAGUUAAGACAGAGUUGCAAUGUGCUACUGGUAGUGAACCCAAACUAAUAAUUUGGAAAGACCUGCCCACGAAGGCCUAUGGCGCCCGUCCCAAGCCAGCUCCAAAGAUCCGAUCCCUCGGUUCAAGAAUCCCGGUCUCCUCACUGUCAUCAGCCUUUAUCACUCUCAGAGCCUCCAGAUGAUUUCAAGGAAAAGCAGACUCUCCUCUCAGAGUCAUUAGAUGAUUUCAAGGAAAGGAUGCUCUUUUCAGUACCAUUCCUGCAGUCGGAUGAAAGACUGACCCUCUCUUCUAGCAUCCCAACCCGGCAAAACCGAGUUACAUGGACGCCCUCUCGUUCUCUCAGAGCUAUCCAGAGCUAUCCAGAUGACUCCAAUGGAACACAUGCUUGUCCUGUUCCCCCCACCCACCAGAUGGUUGAGCUCAACGAGUUGCAAGAACCAGCACUUGCAGUUUACAUUGCCAGUUGGUAUCAAAAGUAACUUUGUUUAGUAAUCAAAUCAGUUAAUCUAAUUAGUUCAUUCUUUUCUCCCACCUGUGAUACAGCCUCUUCAGUCUUAUUAGUUUCCCCCUUGUACUGUGUCAUAACUGUGGGCUCUUGUUCCCCUGAUUCUCCUCUUAAAUUUCAGUUAUGCGUGCAUGAUGAAUUUCAUUUGCUUAAUAGGUUUCUUUUGUAGGUCUUGCUGUUUGAUAAGUAGAUUUCCUAAUGGGUCAUUCCCAGACGUUGUUUAAAGUUUCCUUUCUCUUUUGUUCUGCCUCUUGUUCCUUUAAUAGACCAGUUAGCCAUCUUUAUCCACCAUGAAUCAUCUGCAUUAUAUUUUUGCUUGGUUGCCAUUGUUAUUUUAGUGAAUUUUCUAGUCAUUAAUAGAAUUUAGUCAAGGAUUUAUGUGCAUGUUUUUUCUAUCUAUCUAUGUGAUAUUCUAAUGUUUGGUACACAAGAAACAAUCAUGUAUCAAAUUUGUGAAUUUCAUGAGUUAAGACUCAAUUAGUUAUCAUUAAUAAAAUAAAUAAUCUUCUUUCUUA